GGAGGGCGGCGCUGAGGAGGGCGGCCGGGCGGGCUCCUCGGCCGCCAUGGGGCUUCUCCGACCGCCGCCUCAGCGCAGACGGAGCCGCGGUGCCGCCCUGCCCCGUUAGGGCCGACCGACGGACCGACCGACGGACCGACGGACGGACCGACGGCCCGCCUCGGGGCUCAGCACCGGGUAGGACGCCCGCCACCCAACGGACUCCGCCCUGCGCCCCUCAUUCACUCCAUUCAGUCAGUCGAGCCCCCGCAUGGAGUCCGGUCGGGAAACUUGGCCAAUUCAGCGUCGCCUGCAGAAUGAGCUUUUUUGAUCACCUCUUUGGAUCAGCCUAACUUUCACAGGUGGCAGGGCAUCAAAGCUCCGGAUUUCUCACCUCCACCACUACCACAACAAUCUGCUCUCAUGGCAUCGAGAGAGCCCGAUGUUCCCGCUCUGGAGCCCAGCCAGGGCGGGCCAGCCGGGAAGAUGUCCCUCCCGGUGGGAAUGCAUCGGCGGGCGUUCAGCUACGACGACGCCUUGGAGGACCUCACGCCGAUGACCCCUCCACCAGCGGACAUGGGCAGCAACGUCCUGUGGAAAGAACCCGUCAUCCCGGAGCGCAAGUACCAGCAGCUGUCCAAGGUUGAAGAAGGGGAGACCGCUGUGCUCUCGCCCACCCUCACCCACUCCUCAUCCAGCGACAACAUGAGCAAGGUUCCAGUGGUGAAGGCCAAGGCUACCCACGUCAUCAUGAAUUCCCUAAUUACAAAGCAGACGCAGGAGAGCAUUCAGCGUUUUGAGCAGCAGGCAGGGCUGAGGGAUGCCGGUUACACCCCGCACAAGGGCCUCACCACUGAAGAGACCAAGUACCACAGGAUGGCGGAAGCCGUGCACAAGCUAAAACUGCAAAGCGGAGAGAUGACCAAAGAAGAGCAGCAGGCCUCCUCAGCCCAGUCCACCCCCAGCGGCACCCCGCACUCGUCGCCCAGACAGAAGAACAGAGGCUGGUUCAGCCACGGACCGUCCACCUCCCUGCCCGGCCCGGACUUUGGCCCCACGGAUCCCGGGACCGGCGACCGGGAUCGGGCCGCCUCUGAAAAGUGGAGCCUCUUCGGCCCCAGGACCCUCCAGAAGUCAGAUUCAGGUGGCUUUUCCGUCCAGUCGUACAGAGGUGCCCAGAAGCCGAGCCCAAUGGAGCUCCUGCGGGCCCAGGCCGCCCGCCUGGCAGACGAACCCGCCGCCCUGAAGCCCCCCAAGAUGGACAUCCCCCCGCUGGAGGGGAAGAAACCGGCUCCCAGGGCCCACAACCUGAAGCCGCGGGACUUGAAUGUGCUCACCCCCACUGGGUUUUAGGCACCACCUCUCCCCUCCCACCCGGGUU